AUGACUGCAGAAACCAAUACUGUCGCUCCCGCCAUUGAGCACGGCCUUCAACACCCCGUGGAGGCCGAGUCUAAGACACAUGAGGAGUACGAGCUGAAAGAGGACGAAUACAUCGAUUUCAACAACGACGGCAACCUUCACUUCGAGCAAGACGCCGAGCCUGAACUGCACUGGCGUACUUGGUUCGCCAUCGCAGCCAUGCACUUGUUGGUAUUCACUGCCGUACUUGGUUUACAAGGACCGGCCGCGGUCCUGUCUUUCAUCGGAGCAGACCUCCACAACAUUCCCCUCGAGUCGUGGAUCGUCAACGGCCUGUCUCUCUCCCAGGCCGUCAUCGGGCCCGUCUUGUGUACCGCUUCCGAUACCUUUCAGGCCAGAAAAUCCAUCCUCGUCGGCGCCAGCGCUAUUUCCUUCGUCGGCACGACAAUCGCUCCUGGAGCCACCGACAUCUACCGUGUGAUUGGCGCUACUCUCCUUAUUGGGGUGGGUUUCGCAGCGAUACCUCUGGCCUAUGCUGUGCCCGCAGAAGUCCUUCCUCGCAAAUGGAGGCCUUUUCUCCAAGCCACCAUCAACGCUGCUGCUUUGUUGUCCACCGUGGUAGGGCCAUUUACGAUCGGCGCUCUCACGAAGCGCGACCCCCAUACUGGAUGGCGUUAUUUCUACUGGUUUCAAACGGCCUUGUGGGGCGCUGUGACACUCUUUAUUCUAGUCGGCUAUCGUCCUCCAAAACGUCACACUAAGCUGGAUCACCUCUCCUUCUGGCAGAAGGUUGGUCAGCUUGACCUCGUUGGUUUCUGCCUCAUCGUUAUUGGUUUGACUCUCUUCCUUGUUGGGGCUGGCUUUGGAGGUGGCAAAUUCACCUGGCACGACCGUCGUGUGCUUGCGCCUCUGAUCGUCGGUAUCGUCGGGCUCAUCUGCUUCGGUAUCUGGGAGUGGAAGGGCACGUCGACUGGUAUUCUGCACCACGAUCUCUUCCACCAAGGUCGGGCCAAGGCUCUCACAUUCGUCAUAUGUACCUGCCUACUCACCUUCGAGGGUCUCCUCAUCUUCUCUCACGCCAUCUUCUUCCCUCUCCUCACACGGACUCUCUAUACCCAAGAUCCGAUUCAGAUUGUCCUUCGAGGCCAGUCGGCUUGGCUUACCUGCUUCUUGUCCACCCUUCCCUGGGGUUACCUGGCUACUCGGCUCCAAAACAUCCGAUAUCCCUUGAUGGCGGGCUUCACGCUAGUCAGCAUCGGCAUGAUUGGUCUCUCCACGUGGCAACCGUCGCAGUCUGGCAAGUCUCUUGCGUUCUCGGUCAUCUAUGGCUUGGGACUGGGAGCCCCCUUCGCACUUGCCGUCAGUGGUGCGCAGUUGGUCGUGCCCCAUCACGUCCUCGCCCGAGCUUCGGGCGUUUUGUCUUGUGGUCGUGCCUUUGGCGUCGCAAUCUUCACCGCCAUCUUCUACGCCGUCUAUCACAGCGCACUGGGCAACCAUCUGCCCAAGCAAGUCGCCGCUGCCGCUGCCGCUGCCGGGCUUCCUGCCGCCUCGAUCAAGGCAUUGGUUGCCGGCUACAGAGCCGGAUCUCCACAGGCGGUCCUCGCCAACAUUCCCAACGUCACGCCCCAAAUCCUCAAGGCAACUCAUUCGGCCUACGAGCAGUCGCAGUGCGACUCUGUCCGGCUGAUAUUCAUUAUCGCUGCGGUCUUUGCCUUCCUCGGCGCCGUCUUCAGCUUCUUCAUCUGUGACUUGCGGGACGCCAUGACCUACACGGUCGAGGCGCCCAUGGAAAAGCUGCACGCGAAGAGGCAGCACCACGCUUCCGUUGAGGCCCACGGUCAUGCGUGA